UCACAGUGUUGGAGACAGAGAGAUAGAGAGAGGGGGAGAUGUGCUGGCUCUAGGCUGGUGUGUGAGAGGGAGAGACCCAGGCAGACAGGCUGGAGGACUGUUCUACACGGCGUCUUUACACCUGAGAGACAGACAGACAGAGAGAGACAAAGGGAAGACAGAGAUAGAGAGCGGACCCACCUCCCCGCUGUGUGAGGGACGGCGGCGGGGAGCGGGGCAGCAAAGGGGGAAGAGGGGAGUGAGAGGGGUGGGGGGUGGCGAGGAGAGGGGGGGUGGGGGGCAUGGCUCGCUCCGCCGCCCCGGCGAUGCUGUCGGCUAGCGGCUUCGGCUUCCCCCCGCAGAAUUUCGCCCGGGUGGUGGUGUGGGAAUGGUUGAACGAGCACGGCCGCUGGAGACCGUACGGGGCCACCGUGUGUCACCACAUCGAGAACAUCGUGAAGUGCAAUGCCCGGGGCAGCGUGGUGCUGGGGCAGGCGGACCCGCAGCUCUCUCCUUAUAUCAUCGACUUGCAAUCCAUGCAUCAGUUUAGACAAGACACAGGAACCAUGCGUCCAGUUAGAAGAAAUUUUUACGACCCUUCUUCAGCUCCGGGGAAAGGCGUAGUUUGGGAAUGGGAAAACGACAGUUGUUCCUGGACUCCGUACGACAUGGAUAUUUGCAUAACCAUCCAAAAUGCGUACGAGAAGCAACAUCCGUGGUUGGACUUGACCUCUCUGGGCUUCUGUUAUAUUAUUGACUUCAAUAGCAUGUGCCAGAUGAACAGACAGACACAACGUAAGCGACGACUGAGGAGGCGUAUGGACUUGGCCUACCCCUUGACUAUGGGCUCCAUCCCCAAAUCUCAGUCUUGGCCCAUCGGCACGCAGUCGGGGCAACCGUGCAGCUGCCAACAAUGCGUCCUGGUCAACAGCACCAGGGCAGCCUCCAACGCCAUCCUGGAAUCCCAACGGCGCAAGGUCUACGCGGCAGCCAACGGCACACUGACCGUGCGACAAAGCAACUCCUACAACGGCCCCGCCUUGUGGUCAGCGAUGAGCAGUGCGGGCACCAUAGCCCCCAACCCCGAGCAGGCCCGCUCGCCCACCACCACCACCCAACUCUCACCUAUCUCCCAGAGCCAGAGUACCACCACCACCACUCCCAUCCCCGGCCAGAACAAUCUGAACAGACCCGGGACCCAACGAUCUGCCGUCGUCAGCACCAGAGCCUCCAUCCCCCCUGGGGUUCCUGCUCUUCCAGUGAAAAACUUAAAUGGGUCUGGCCCAGUUCAUCCAGCUCUUGCAGGAAUGACCGGGAUCCUGAUGUGCGCAGCUGGACUUCCCGUGUGCCUGACCCGUGCUCCGAAACCCAUUCUUCACCCUCCGCCUGUCAAUAAGAGUGAAAUAAAGCCAGUGCCUGGGAUAUCAGGUAUCUGCAGGAAGACCAAGAAAAAGCAUCUGAAGAAAGGAAAAUCUCCAGAGGACGUGGUGCGGAGAUACAUGCAGAAGGUCAAGAAUCCGCCAGAUGAGGAUUGCACCAUCUGUAUGGAGAGGCUGAUCAGUUCCUCAGGCUAUGAGGGGGUGCUGAAUCUGAAGGGGGUGAAGCCGGAACUGGUGGGAAGGCUCAGCAAAUGCAGCCACAUGUACCAUCUCCUGUGCCUGGUGGCCAUGUACAACAAUGGCAACAAGGACGGCAGCCUGCAAUGCCCCACCUGCAAGGCUAUCUAUGGUGAGAAAACUGGAACACAGCCACCUGGGAAGAUGGAAUACCAUGUGAUCCCACAUUCGUUGCCAGGAUACCCCGAGUUCAAAACAAUCCGCAUUGUCUACGACAUCCCAGCAGGACUACAGGGCGUUGAACACCCUAACCAAGGGAAGAAGUUCACUGCCAGAGGAUUUCCACGGCACUGCUACCUGCCUGACAAUGACAAAGGACGCAAGAUCCUGAAGCUGCUGAUUGUGGCGUGGGACCGCAGGCUGAUAUUCACAAUCGGAACAUCCAACACCACCGGUGAAACGGAUACAGUGGUGUGGAACGAAAUCCAUCACAAAACAGAGUUUGGAUCAAAUUUAACUGGACAUGGCUACGCAGAUCCCAACUAUUUGGACAACGUGCUGGCAGAGUUAUCUGCCCAAGGGGUCAUGGAGGACUGUAUAAAGGACUGAGGAAGGGAUUAGAAGCAGCAGCCGAUAAGGACGUUGGCCAUUGAAGAUUACACCCUGUAAAGUACGUUACUAGGGUUCAAAUAUGCUUUGCUUGACUGCCUUGGCCACUACUUUGUUAACUCCAGUUCGGGCUAGUUAAAAGCAGACUGCAUCAGCCUGAUUCAGUUUAUUGGUGGCAAGUUACAGUGACAUACUGUGCAAGUCUGCAUCUGUUAUUCCUUGUGGAAAGACCCACACAACAUUAAUAAUUAGGGGGGUGGGGGGGCAGGUAAAUCAAGAAUAAGAGAACAGAGAGGACCGUCAAGUUGACGGUCGCUUGCACUGGUCAAUCCUUACAAAUAAAAGAACAGAGAUGCUUUUUCGUGCGGUUGGAUUGUACACUGUGCACUUCCUGCAGUGUUGCAUCCACUGUGCACAGAGGCAGAAAUACUAAGCACUCCUGGUUAGCUGUAGGAACUCUGGCAUCAGCCAACACUUCGCUUUCUAGAGGUCACAAGCCCCGUGUGUGAAACAUGCAGUAUUUUUCUUUUCAUAAGCAAGGUGUGCACAUCUCUCAGGGAUGUUGGUCUUUUUGCUUGGAUGUGUCACUGUAAAUGGUGUACAGUGGGGGGCAGGAGGGAAAAGCAAAGAAGCUUUGCAUGUGAAAACUGUAUGGCUUUUAAAAAAAAAAAAAGUGCCCAUUAUCUUAUUUUAAUCACAGAGGACAGCAACACCAUGGAGCAUUUAAAAAAAAAGUUUUGACGAAGGUAGUUUAAAAUUUAAAAGACACUGCUUAUUAAAGUGUUUUAUUCGGAAAUAACUAAGGGCUUGUUCUGUGUUUUAAGGUCUGUCGCGUUACUCCAUUUGUCCAGCUAAGUAUUAGUGUCCUGGUGGUUCAUGCUGCAUGUCAGUAGCAAAUAAAUACAUACCUCCUCGGAUGAGGCUGUUUAUUUAAAGUUAACUUUUCUAUCUAUAGAUGUUGCUAUACUUCAGAGCGAACUACAUCAGUGUCUUAUCUGCAUCAUUUACGUCUACUGUGUUCGAAACUCUUUCUUCUGUUUAUGAGGUUUGCGGUGAAUGCAUCCAAUGCCAAAUUAUACUUUAUCUUUAGAUUCUUUCUCCCUCCCACAAUAUGGAUAUUCCCGUUUUCAAUUUCAUAAAAAGGACUCCCGAGUUCUCAAUAUACUUAUUGGUCAGAUUGUGCAAGAGGAUUACUUCACUGGGGGAUUUCCGGGAUAACAAGAGUUAUACAUUCAUUUAAAAAAAGGACGUCAAAAGAUACAAGAGUUAUACAUCCAGCCCAGAGACGGAAACGUGACAAUAUUCCUGCCAAAUGCAGUCACUGGCUCGGUAAAUGAAUGUCUACUGACAUUCGGGCUGGGUUGUUCUCUCAAAGGGAAAUUAGCUGGGAUGUUACAGAGCUGUGAAGUGUUUACAGAAUGAUGAUUGCUGUAGAAAUAUUCAAUAUUAUCCUGACAACUGCUGUCAAAUCUAUUAUGUUUAUAGUCAAUACUGGCAGAAGUAACACUCAGCAAUCGCUGUUACUGCUGAUUACGUUCUGGUGGCUGACUUGUGUGGUGUUCAACUUAUGAGAUAUAUUGCCAAAAAAAAAAAAGAUUUUGAAGAGGAAAUAAAAUGCAAUUGGAAGAGGAACGUGACAGUCCCUUUAGGUUUUGUUGCAGGAUGUGAGUCGUCGGUACAAUAAUGAUGAACAAAACGUGCUCGGUAGUCAAAGUGUUGGAAAGGCACGGGAUAGGAUGGUAAUCUCUCCUGUUUUAUAGGACAAAUUGGAAAGUAAAUUUAAACUGUUAUUCAGCUAUCUGCAUUUAAAUCAAAACUGGAGAACACUGAAGUUAUCAAGUGAAAAAAAGUCUCAACAAAACACGCUAAACAAUAAAUUAAAAUAUAUAUAUUUUAGAAUAGAAAGGGCGGUUCGUGUAUAAACAGGAAAAGUAAUACAACACGGGAAUAGGUAAAAGGUGGGCAAUGUAGGAAUGGACAAACAAAAACACUUGUUGCAAGUGUUUGUUCAUUAAAAAAUGGUAUCCUGGUAAACUUAGAAUGUAGAAACAAUGAACUACAGAUGCUGGCUGUUACACAAAAGGACACAAAUUGCUGGAGUAACUCAGCAGGUCAGGCAGCAUCUCUAGACCUGAAACAUCACCUAUCCAUGUUCUCCAGAGAUGCUGCCUGACCUGCUGAGUUGCUCCAGCACUUUGUGUCCUGACCAACUUAAUCAACUCUAAAGUUAUGCAAUCACAAUCCAAGCCUCAGCCCAAGAAUUGGCACAAUACAUUCACCAGAGGACCAGCAAAUGUAACAUGUUUGAUAACACAGAACACAUGGUAAAUCUGAACGUGUUAGCCACAGAACCUAUUGCCAUUGAUCAGGCAACUUUGGAGUCACCAGCACCUGCCAAGCUGCUGGCUCUAAUAGUGCAGAUUCUGGGACAAUUUUUAUGUAGAAACAAACACUGGAAUAGCAUGUGUAAAUAGUGUAUUGAUGUGAUGUGUUUUGAGCAGUGUAGGGAACAGCAUCUGUUAUCUGGACUGAGGCAAGUUCAAUUAAAACAAGCAUAUUCCGUGUAUAAUUGUGUUGGACCCAUGCAUCUGAAAUGUGCAAGGUAAUUUCAUUAACUCCCAUUUGGAAAGUUGAAUAUAAUCAUUGUUAUUUUAAGAACUUAUGUCCAAAGAUGUUAAUGCAGAAGAUGACAGGUCAUAUCAUGUUAUAAUUAUAUUUGCAUAACAAACAUACAACAACCAGACCAUCAAAGAGCAUUCACUGGCAGUAAUACUGAAUCAAAAUAGGUGAACAAGGUGAAGAUUUAAACACUGCUUUUUCUGAAAGGACAGGUGAGAAUUUUAUUAAAAUGAACACGUUAUUCAUUGUUACAGGGUCAGAUUAGUGAAAGUGGCUCUGGCAAUAAAUAUAUUUAAAAUCACCAUUCUCGAUAUUUAAAAGUCCACUCUAAAUCAGGAAGUCAAGAGCGUUUAAUUGUCCUAAGUACCAACAAUAGAGCAAUGAAAUUCCUACUGGCAGCAGCAUGACAGGCCUGCAAACAUCAUAUGAAAGGUUAAAUAAUGAAUUAAAAUUAAAAUUGUAUUGUCCAAAUAACUAAUUGAAUUUCACUGAUGUUAACAGUUUCACUGAUGUUACCAAUUUCAGUUAUAGAAGAACUAGUGUGAAUGGAUGAUUGAUGGUCGGUGUGGACUCGGUUGGCUGAAGGGCCUGUUUCUAUGCUGCAUCUCAAUCUAAAUUACAUUUCUUCUUAAACCUAGUCCACGCCAGAAUGAAGGGGAGAUCCCGUAAAGGUUGACCACUUUGUAGAUAUAGAUAUGAUUAAGUAGUGUCAUGUGCAUCAAAUUUGUUAACAUGGUAUAUUAAAGGCAAGCACGGAUGACAGUUUGAUUCAUAACUCAACAUUGAGAGCAAAUCAAUGUAAGUGAAUAAGAAAAGAUAGAAAUUAAAACUCAAAUUCCAGCUCUCUGCUAUAUUGCACUUGACUGAUUAUUAAAUUCUCUCUCUCAGGAUAACAUUUGCAAUUGAGCAUUUGAUCCAAAACAGAGUAUGUAAUUAAGGUCACUUCUUGAGAGUAAAUGCCCCCCAGAAUGGCCCUUCCAAAUGAUGUGAUCCUCAGUAAUUCACAGAUCCAUUGACUGAGGCUUUUGCCCAAGAUAUAUUUCACACACAUUCUAUCAAAGUUAACAUUGCAUUGAAAAUAGGCAGAAAGACAUGAUAGUGGGAAAUAAUCAUUUGCCCACUGGCCCACUUUUAAAUAAUCUCUUUAUUUUUUCCUUUUUUUAAUAUAAACAAAAAACAUUUUAGUUGACUCAAUCCUGUGCCAACUAUGAGAUUUUAAGAAUUCUCUACCAUCCAAUACCCAAAAUUUUCAAUAUAUUCACUGUUUGAAUUUCUGUCCAGCAAAAUGGCCAUUUAGAACAUUGAAAAGUAACAAAAGUGAAAUAUUUUUCAAACCUUUGUUGGUUGUACCUGCAUAUUAAAAAUAAAUUGAUAAUAAGGUCAGCGUGAUUGAUGAUACCUGGAGAGAGUGUAUUAACACAGGCCAGUGGAUGUGAAGCUGAAAGGAUAGAGCACAACAUUGAUUUUCUGUGCCGUCAAUUACUUAUAAAGUUCAUGUCAUAGGAGCAGAAUUAGGCCAUUUGGCCCAUCGAGUCUACUCCACCAUUCAAUCAUGGCUGAUCUAUCUUUCUCUUUCAUUCUCCUGCCUUUUCCCCCCAUAACCUUUGACACCCUUACUAAUCAGAAUCUGUCAACCUCCACCUUAAAAAUAUCCAAAUGGCUUGGUCUCCACAGCCGUCUGUGGCAAUGAAUUCCACAGAUUCACCAUCCUCUGACAAAUAAAUUCUUCCUCAUCUCCUUUCUAAUAGGUACAUCAAUUAAUUAAAUCAGACGGGGCAUAAAGCCAGCAUUCUACCCGGCCCUGCCAGUUUCCAAUGGUUCAGGCAAGUUAAGACGACAACUGCUCCCUAUAUCAUGUAGUCUCAGAGAAUAUCUAUGAUGAACAAGGGCAGUUAAGUUAAUAUAUUCUAUAAUAGAGAUACAAGAGAAUGCAGAUGCUGGAAUCUUGAGCAAAACACAAAGUGCUGGAAGAACGCAGCAGGUCAGGCAGCAUCUGCGGAAGGAAAGGACAGCCGGCGUCAGACUGAAGAAGACAACGUUUGGGGUUAGGACCCGUCUUCAGCCUGGCAAUGUCUAUCUACUUCCUCCGCAGAUGCUGCCUGACCCGCUGAGUAACGCCCGCACUUUGUGUUUAGCUUCUCAGUAACAGAUUCAUUUCAAAAUAAUUUUUUGAAGUGUUCUAAAAAUACAAGAAGAAAAAAAUAGUAAGCCUCAAAAGAAAAUUAACUGCUUCAGAAGAUCUUCAUGCAGGUCAUAAUAUGUACAUUUUGUGAAGGACAAAAUGUACAUAGAAGUCAAACUUAAAGAAUCUGCUAUUGGAGUACACAUUGGUAAUAGCUCCAUGUUGUUAGAAGGGAUUUGUUCUCAGAAGAAUUACUUCAGGUGUUCAACCUCCUUUGCCAGUCCCAGAUCUGCUGUUUUCUUGCUGGGAAACAAGAAAACCAGGCAGCAAGAUGCAACGUCAUUGUGUCUAAACACUGGUCUUGUCCCUGCAGACACGCGUGUAUAUUCCGUGUUCCUAUUUGCAGUAGCAACGGAGUACCAGGUUGUUCCAAUAACAAAGCAGAUCGUUCUUUCAAAGCAGUUUGGCACAGACUCCGUCAGGAGGAGAGAACUUCACUUUAUAAAUGCAGUUAAGACCGCCUGUUUAGAGAUUAUCUGUUGUCAUGGGUGGUUUGCGGGGCAUGGCCAGUUUUAACACAACAAAACUACUAGGCAUACAGCAUGGAAACAGGCCCUUCAGCCCACCUCAACCAUGCCGACCAAGAUGCCCGGUCAAAGCUGUUCCCAUAUCCUUCUGAAAUUUUCUUAUCCACGUACCUGUCCAAAGGUCAAAAUGUCCUAAAGAUUGAUGUUAUACCUGCCUCAACUUCUUCCUCUGGUAGUUCAGAUCAGAUACCCACCACCCUGUCUAAAAUAGUUGCCCCUUAGCUUCCUAUUAAAUCUCUUCCCUCUCAUCUUAAAUCCAUGGCUUCCAGUUCUUGAUGCUCCUUCACUGGGAAAAGGACUCUGUGCAUUCACCCUAUCUAUUCCCCUCAUGAUUUCACACAUCUCUACAAGAUUACUCCACAGCCUCCUGCGCUCAACAAAUAAAGUCCGAGCCUGCCCAACCUUUCUCCCUGUAGCUCAGACCCUCGAGUCCUGGCACUAUCCUUGUAAAUCUUCUCUGCACCUUUUCCAGCUUAAUCGCAUCUUUCCCAUAGCAGGGUGACCAAAACGGAACACAAUACUCCAAAUGCGGCCUCACCAACAUCUUGGACACCAAUAAAACAAAGAACUGGAACAGAAUGAUCAUUUGCAAAUGACUACUGUCACGUGAUACUAAAAAUGAAUUGAACAAAGUACCUCCAUUCAACCUAAACUUAAAGCAAUUGCUGUGAAUCCAUGGAGUCACAUCUACUGUACGGCUAGCCGGAGAGAUUUGCCGAGAACCAUAUAUCAAGCUUAAAAUGUUGUUUGUUUUCUGGAAUAAUUGCAACUUCUGUCCAUUAUUUGAACAACGAGAUUAAUGAUCACACUCUAGUAGACGCCAAUAUGGAAUUAUACACAUCCCAAAGCAAUGGUUCAAAUGGACUGACUGUGCAGCUUGGGAUCCGAAUACAAUACUAAAUACAAAACCACUAUAAACAAAAACCAUGUUAAUUAAAGUGCGAUGAAUCAACAAGUUUAGGCAAUGCAUGACAGACAAUUUUAAUACCUUAAAGCAAAAGACUACUCUGAACAUUGUCUUAUGGAGGUGAAUUAGUAUCUUCAGCUGAUAACAUGGCCAGCGGUAGAGUUGCUGCCACAGUGCCAGAAAACCAGAGUUCGGUCCUGACCACCUCCGUCUGUAUGGAGUUUGUAUGUUUUCCCCGUCACCUGCGUGGGUUUUCCCCGGGUGCUCUGGUUUCUUCCCACACUCCAAAGACGUACAGGUUUGUAGGCCAAUUGGCUUGGUAUAAUUGUAAAUUGUCCCUAGUGCGUAAGGAUAGUGUUAGUGUGCGGGGAUCGCUGGAUGGCUUAUUUUACUUUUAAAAGCUUUAUUAAUUAAAGUUCGAUGAAUCAACAAGUUUAGACAAUGCACGAUAGGCAAUUUUAAUACCUCAAAACAAAAGAGUACCCUGAACAUUGUCUUAUGGAGGUGAAUUUAUAUCGUUACCGGAGAAGAGAUAACACCCGUUUUAAAUUUAAAUUUGGCCAAUUUGCACUUAAAGUGUUUCUCCACAAUCAGGUUAACGCAGAACCACCAAACAUGUCAAAUGCUUCACGCCGAAAAAGAAGGAGGUGUGCAAAUACUUGCGUCCUAUUCCAAGUUGGAGGAGAGAUUGCCUUGGAGGGAGGGGGAGGGGGAGGGGGAGGGGGAGGGGGAGGGGGAGGGGGAGAGAGUGAAGUGCGAUGUGUUAUGUUUCGUGCAGUCUUGGUUUCUCUGGAUAGUGUCAAAGUAGGUUUGGAUACUGCAUAAUGUGAGAGGGAUCACGAAUGCUGUCACCCAUAACUAGGUCUUGUAUGAUUAUUUACUCACCAGCAUAUCCUGAAUUUAUGUAACGGACUCAUGUAAUAUGUAUAAACGAUUGGAUUUGCCUGUAACUGUUAGUACUGAAUAAUGAAUAAACUUUAUUUGGAAGAUAA